AUUCUUUAUUGCAUGGUAGGGUCAGUUGCACUGAACUCUCUGAGUCUGAGCUCUCUCCGUAGGAAAGUGAGAAAUUUCGCAACACCCACUUCUUCCUUCUCCGCUUCACCGCCACUUCUCUCUCCAUGGAGAGCCCAAGAUUCAAACUUGAACCCCAAACCCUCUCGCCCAGCAGCAGCGGCAGAAGAAGCAGCGAUUCCAACUCCCCAGAGUUCGAGUUCUGGAUGGUCAGAAACCCGUCUUUCCCACAACCCAAUCUCCUCUCCGCCGACGAAUUGUUCGUCGACGGCGUUCUCCUCCCCCUCCACCUCCUUCACCACAACCCCGACUCCUCCAAACCGGUUCAGGAACUCAACUCCGAAGCACCCGACUCAGAGCCCCCGAUUCCGGACACGGAGCCGGAGCCUGGACCUGGGCCUGAGAUAUCAAGUGCGGCGCCGGCGUCGACGGCAUCGAAACGGUGGAAGGACAUUUUCAAGAAAGGGGAAAAGAAAAGCGCGAAGAACGGUGAGGAUAAAGAGAAGGAGAAGAAGAAAGAGAGGAAGAGUGGGAGCGGAGCGAGUUCUGCUGAGUUGAACAUCAAUAUAUGGCCGUUUUCCCGGAGCCGAUCCGCCGGUAAUAACGCCGUCCGGCCGAGGAUGGCCGCGGGAGGCGCUGGAACUCGGAAGGUGAGUAGCGCUCCGUGUUCGAGGAGUAACUCAGCGGGCGAGUCCAAGUCCAGGAAAUGGCCCAGCAGUCCAGGUCGACCCGGUGUCCACUUGGGUCGGAGCAGCCCCGUUUGGCAGGUUCGCCGCGGGGGCUCAGCUUCGAGGAGCCUCGAACCUCUGGUUCGGAAUGCAGAGAAAGGAUCGAAAAAAGAAGGAUCCGAGAAUCGCCGCAAUAGAACCCCAGCCGCCGCUCCCCCCGCCGGCAUACCCAAAGCUAGGGUUUUGAAUUUGAACGUCCCAAUGUGCAUCGGCUACCGCCACCAUUUGAGUUGCCGAAGCGAUGAAAACAGCACCAUUGGUACCAGCCACACCAUCGGCAGCCGUGGCGGCGGCGGCGCUGGCGCUAGCCUGGGUAACGGCGGUGGCGGCUCCGGUAACGUUGGAAGCGCGAGUAAUCUGUUUAAUUUGCGCAGCCUCUUCACCAAAAAGGUGUAUUAACUAUUAAUUAAACCCCCUCAUUAUUGCUUAUCUUUUCAAAUUAUUACUAAUAGAUUAGAUUUAAUUUUUCUGCCUUUUUUUUAUUUUUUGGAAUUUUCUUCAUAUUUUUGCCAUGUGAGAGCAAAAUCCAAGUUUCACUCCAUGUGUACAUUUCUGUAAUUAACCACGAAAGCUAUGUAUCUUUUUAUUUCUAAGUUUCUUGUCA